AUCCUUUCUACGGAGUACUAUUACUCUAUCGUCGAUCGUCGUUGUGCAAACCUGUCGUAUUCGUAUAGCUGACUAAGCACACUAUAGGGGCCGCAAAGAAAAGCCCAAUAUGACAUUCAUUCCUCGGUCCCUCCAUAUGUUCGACGGCGCGCUUUUACUCAGCUGCUUCCGUACGAUUUUUUUGUUGAUUGCCUCGAUGGCCCCUCGUGCGCCAUAAACGAGCCCGUUCUUCGCCUUAACUACGCAGCAACUCUAUGGGGGAGACCGCAAUUUUCGCAUCGUUCUAAUAUCCACGGCCUCGGCAUUUUACCAGUAUGGCUCAGGGGACAAACGGCCAGCCAGAUGCCGGGCUGAGAAGCCUCGAUCAUUACCGCUACCAGCUGCCGUCCUGGCGUUAUUGGCCCCGACAGAAACUUCUUCCUCUCGUGCGCUAUGAAACGCCCUACCUGGCCUGGUUCCAGGAAAGAAUCCGGACGCCGUCGCUAGAUUCCUAUUUCGCCUUCACCGCAAAUCUCGGCACCCAUACCUUUUUCAUGAUAUUCUUGCCGAUAUUGAUUUGGAGCGGUCAAAUAACCAUGGGUCGAGGGCUGGUACACAUGUUGGCUUCGGGCGUUUUUUUCAGUGGUUUCGUGAAGGACCUACUAUGUCUUCCGCGGCCGUUAUCGCCCCCGCUUCAGCGUAUCACCAUGUCCGGCUCCGCCGCUUUGGAAUACGGCUUCCCUUCGACUCACUCCACAAAUGCGGUAUCGGUUGCGGUAUACUGUCUCGGAUUGCUUAAUUCACCUGAGUCGACUCUGGGCCCGCGUCUGAACUUGGCGCUCCAAGCCCUGACGUGGGUUUACGUGACCUCCGUAGUGCUUGGCCGCUUGUACUGCGGUAUGCAUGGUUUCUUUGAUGUGAUUAUUGGGUGCCUGCUGGGUGCCUUGAUUGGAUUUAUUCAAUUCGCAUACGAGCCGUUUUUUGAAGAAUCGUUAGCCUCGGCAACUGGCUUGCAGGUCUUGCUGCUGGUACUUGUGAUUCUGGCUCUGGUUCGCAUCCACCCCGAACCUGCAGAUGACUGUCCAUGCUUCGAUGAUAGCGUGGCUUUUGCGGGGGUCAUGCUGGGCAUUGAAGUGGCUUUCUGGCAUUCUGCGCAGUCCGGAAUUUUAUGGGCCGAUCCUUCGUAUGAGUAUGAAGACUCGGGCACAGUCAAGACUGUCUUGCGCAUGAUUCUCGGCGUGGUACUCAUAUUCGCAUGGAAAGAAAUCAUGAAGCCCUUUUUACUGCGCAUCCUGCCUCCCGUCUUCCGAGGACUGGAGAAACUGGGUCUCAUUCUUCCUCGAAGGUUCUUCACCAACGCCUCACAAUAUUCCACGGUCCCCGCACAGCUCACCGAUGACGAAGUACUUCCAAAAUUCUCGGAAAUCCCUUCCAUUCUUACAAAUAUUAGCCAAGCUCGACGACGGGCUGUCUCUAUCGGUCCGCAAUCCGAGGCUGAUGCAUACGAAACCCUAGCAUAUCGCGAGAAGCGCCGACGGGAAAGUCGUUCAGGUGGUAACCGACCAUCACCUGUGUUGGAAGAAGCGGACAGCAAGCACGGAGUCUCCGCAGCAGUGGACGGACGGCAACCUUCGCUAGCGCGCAGAGCGACCAAACUGAAUGACUAUGAAAAUAUGAUGGGAACGGGCACUCCUCGCUACAAUAGCCCUCAUGAUCCCGGGACCGAUGGGGACCGGACAGACCGCUCGUCCCCGCCCGUGCCCUUUCCUCCCUACGAAGAGCCACCGGAUGAGGCCGAAAUGUUUCGGCAGAUUAAGCGACCGCGUGUGCGGUACGAUGUGGAGGUGAUUACCAAAUUGAUAGUGUAUUCUGGUAUUGCGGCGCUUGCUGUCGAGGGAGCACCCCUUGUGUUCGAACUGGUGGGAUUGGGUAUGAUCAAAGCGAAAUAAUGCAGUAUAACUCGACAGAGAGGCUCCAUUGGAAAAUCAGCAAAUUUUUUACUUCGAUUCUUUGUCCAGCUGGCUGGGCUGGUGAAUUAUUAUUGGCACAUAUUUUGCUAGAUAUUGGCGGGGAAAGAAAGUCAUGUAUCUAACGAUUUCAGAGUUGAGUUACGGAAGAUUGGUUCUUGG